AUGUCUGACGAAAAGGCGAAGGGGAGGGCGAAGGGGCGCCGCGCACAAGUGGCCAAUGCCUGCAUUACUUGUCGGACUGCUAAACUGAAGUGCUCUGGACAGCACCCAACAUGCGCCCGCUGCCGGGAUCGAGAACUGGUCUGCGAGUACGACGUGUCCGAGGGCAUGACCAAGCGACAGCAGCUUCGGAAUGAUUUAUCAGAUCGCUCGCUCGAGCUGGAACGAGCGAUGGGAGUUCUGACACACAUGCAGCAGGCCAGCGAUCAUGAAGCAGCGGAGUCUCUGGCGCGCCUACGCAUAGGUUCCUCCAUUGAGUCCGAAUACCUCCGUAUCCAGUCGCAGCGCGCCUCUCGCUCUCCUAGUUCCGACGGCAUCUCGCGCUCGCAUUAUUCAGCGAGUGCCAGUAAUCCUGACCUGGAUCGUACUCUGGCAUCGCAAAAUCAACGACUUCUCAGCCUGCUGAACCCAGCAGCGCAACAGCAACAGCAGCAGCAGCAGCAGCAGGCGGAACAGCAGCCGCAGCCACAGCCGCAACCAACCACACAAGCCAAUUGGUCUCAAUCGCCAAACGCUGCAGAGAACUGGACUGCGGUGUUCCGUCGCGAGACCCGGGCCUAUCGAGCGCUGGCACAAGCUAUCCGCAGCACUAUCCUUAUCGACAUCAUCCUGAAGCUCGUCCUUGAGAACGAAACAUGGGUCAUCACAAGCAGCACGACUAUUCUGUCCACACUGCUCGCGAGAAGAGGACUUGUGGAUCGUGCGAACAUUUACGCUGCUCGGAAGCCGGCCAGGUCAAAAUGCCGCCAGAAUGACAAGAGCAUGGAGCAGCAGCAGCCCCGAAGCGACGCCCUCCUCGGUACACUCGGCUUUUUGUGCAGCAACCACUUGCCACCGAAGCUCCGUACACCACGAAACAAAAUACCAGGGACCCGCCUCGAGACGACAGUGCGCAAAGCCGGACAGGAUACUUGGUGCAGGGACAAUCAGCAGAAAUAACUUGCAUUUCGGUAGCUUGGGACUGCGGCAAGACCCUAGUUCUAUAACGAAUGCUGUCUGGAUGCUCUUGGAACGAAGGAUUCUUCCGGGACAAAGUCAGCCUAAGGUGACAGUUUCGCCUGCGGCAAAAUCGACAACAGCAUUU